GACACUCUGGCCUCUCGGCGAAUCGCUGCGUCUCAACUCACCUGUCUGGGCUGUCCGGACUCAUCGCUAAGGGCCGGCAGGAUUAUGAAGACAUGGCUGUGAAACUCGGCACGGAUCUGGAGUACCUGAAGAAGAUCCGGGCCAAGGUGUGGAAGCAGAGGAUCUCCAGCCCGCUCUUCAACACCAAGCUGUACACCACGGACCUGGAGCGCCUCUACCUGCAGAUGUGGGAUCACUUCUCUCCGCCAGCAAAAAACCCCGACCAUCUCAUCAAGGCGGUGGAGAGUACCGAGUCGGCUUAGCUCCACCCCUAUUCCUGCCGCUGCCAGCGAGGCCGCCGCCCACCAGGAUCUCCUAUCUCGACGUUUGGUCAU